GCUUAGAGGAGAUCUCUAUAGAGAGAGAGAAAGAGAGAGCAAGAGCAAUGGGUAUUAAAUAUGAAUUAAUUCCAACAAAUGAAGAGUUUAACCAUCAAAAAAAUACGACAUCUAAAAAUGCGGCAGUUAAAGUCUUUCUUAUCUCUGUAAUUCUACUGUCAAUCGUUUUAUAUUACUCUUCGGCGAAUAGUGAAGAAGAACUUAUUUUAGUGACCCCUCAGAAUGCUGAACUCAAUAUGAUAUCGGCUAUUGAAGUGUCUAGUGAACCAAAUGAUUUAAUAGACGAAUCCGAGGAACUAAUCCCAACCAUUGGACCAUCAGAAUUCCGAAUAUCAAGCACAACAAAACAACAAAAUCUAGAAACGGAAGUCUAUUUUAAUCGUUCAGCAAGUGUAAUUUCUUUGUUAAAUGAAACUACGAUAAGCACAACACCCCACAGUUUGCUAGUGAGAGACCCCAACUAUUUCGUGGAUAGCCCACAAUGUAAAAUGCCCGCACCAAAUCCCUUUACUGCCGAUGUGCUUAAAAUUUGGCAUAAGAAAUCGUACACAAAAUGUGAUAAAAGUUCCGAUUCCAUAACGGUGAUCUAUGUAAAAACUAAGCAAAUUUAUCAACUGCACAAGAAUGAUCCAAAAUCGAAGUGCUGCUACAGGCAAAUCCUUCGAGCUGGUGCUAAAACCAUGGCCGAUCAAUCGUACAAAUUAAAAAAUUGUAUUGAGUUUCAACAGGAUUUUGUGGUGCCACGACAUGUGGAGGAAAUGAUUACCGAAUGCCGAAAAGCAAAUAAAUCAAAUGUAUGGCAAAAGGAUGCCUUCAGUUUUGUGCAUCCCAAAGUUAAGAGUUUGCCAACAAGAGAAAGAAGGGCAAGUGUAUUGCUUUGGGGUAUCGAUUCUAUAUCACGAAUGAAUUUUCAACGCACAAUGCCGCACAUGUUUGAAUAUCUUAGAACUCAACACUGGUACGAACUUCAGGGAUAUAAUAAGAUGGCUGACAAUACGUUUCCCAAUUUAAUGGCCGUUUUGACUGGAAUGAAUAAUACACGUUCCUAUGACCAAUGCCGCCCCAAGGAAGUUGGAGGCUUGGAUGCCUGUCCCAUGUUGUGGAAGGACUUUAAAAAUAAAGGUUAUGCUACAGCAUAUGCUGAGGAUUGGGCUACUUAUUCGACAUUCGACUUUCACAAGCGAGGAUUUCGUAAAGUUCCGACGGAUUUGUAUCUGAGACCUUUGAUCUUGGCCCUGGAAAAGGAAUUAAAGACAGUCUAUGCUGCGGGAAUACCCUACUGCUUGGGACGGCGACAUUCGGCUGAGUAUGUAUACGAUUCAGCUAUGCAGUUCACCCAAGUCUAUAAGGAUCAGCCGACAUUUGGCUUGUUCUGGACAAAUUCCUUUAGUCAUAAUGAUUUUUCCAUGCCCUCGGCCAUGGAUGACAAGAUGGUGGAAUAUAUGCGACAAUUGGAUAGAAAUGGAGUCUUCGAGAAUUCAAUUAUUAUAUUCUUCAGUGACCAUGGCAUGCGUUUUGGAUCAUUGCGACAUUUGGCAAGUGGUUUCAUUGAGGAACGUCUACCCACCAUGUACAUACGACUUCCAAAAUGGUUUAGAGAGAAAUACAAGCAAUUUGUUGGAAAUUUGGUGCUAAAUCAAAAUCGUUUAACCUCGCCCUACGACAUCUAUGCCACUCUCAGGCAUAUUCUUGAGCUGGACACACCAUUAGACCAACUGCCACGACCAGAGGGCUGUCCCACCUGUCACAGUGUCUUUGAGGAAGUAUCCUUUGCGAGGGAUUGCCAAAAAGCGGGCCUGGAAGAGCAUUGGUGUGCUUGUGAGCAUAUGGCCGAAAUAUCAGCAAAUGAUACAACAAUCAGAAUGAUUGCUGAAAAACUUGUCGAUAAGAUAAACACAUUUCUGGCAUCUAAAAAUAUGUCAAAUCUCUGCGAGCACCUGAAAUUGAACGAGAUACGCUCUGCCCAUAGGUCAGCAGAUAUGAAAGCGUUUAGAGUGCAAUUCACUGUUAAUCCCCAAAAUGCUCCUCUCGAGGCAUCGGGCUCUUGGAAUAAUUCCACUCAGGAAAUCUCAACAAAGGCAUAUGAUAUCAGUCGGCUUGAUUUCUAUAAGGAAUAUUCCAAAUGCAUAGAGAAUGAGACGGCCAAAAAGUAUUGCAUCUGCGUCCAGUAAUUGGCCUCAACCCAAAAAACAUCAACCCUGAAAUAACCACAGGAUCACCACCACAAUGAGAUGCCCGAUAAGUAUCAAAUGUAUCUAUAUACAACAUUUGUAUCAGUGUCUCUUCCGUAUCUCGUGCUGCCAAUCUCACAAUGAUCUGUGAGCUGCUUCCGCAAAGCAAUUUAGGAGACAAAUUAGUUGACAAUUGUUUAGCAAUUGCCAGCAACUCCUUUUUUUUUGUCAAAUAACAUAAUUGUUAUAGGUAGAGCCUCUAGAUCCUUUGUGAUGAAGCGAUUGUGAUAAAGAAUGUUUGCCCAAAUGUUUGACAAGAGCUAAGCCAAAAUAAAAAUUGUUAAUAACAUGUCAUAUAACAACAACAACAUUUGUUCUAUGUUUAAUAAAGUGGUUUUUCCAAGAAUUGAUAAUGA